AUGGCGCCCCAUCUUGUGCCUUUUCGCCUGGGGCGAAACCUCGCGCUCGGUGUCGUCUUGUCCUUCAUCGUUGGCUGCUGUACCGGCCCAUCACACGUUUUUGACGCGGGAGUAUUUCGGCGCCCCCCUUCCCAUCCCGCCGGAACACUAUGUGGCUUUCUUGCCGUCACCAAGGCUGCUUCUAGCAGCGACACCUUGACGACUAAAGUCGUGGAAUCUCCACAAGCAGAGGAUGAUGAGAAAGAUGAUGGGCAGGACAGUGACCCUUUCGUGCCGCUAGACUUAACGGCGAAACGCCGUGGCAAGCGUACCACACGGACCCACUCCCGGCGUGACAACCUGUUGCAAAAUCCAGUUGCGGCAGCGACUCUGGGGCUCACACUGAUGCUUGUUGGGGCGUCAAUUGGGGCAGGAGCAAUGGUGACCUUGGCUCGCCAGAGACAGAAACAAAAAAAAGCUGAGGACACCAGAACGGCAGAAGCUGCCAAAUUGCUGGAGCCACAACAGGUGAUGGUCGCUGCCAACAAAGCUGCCCUCCAAAAAGCUGAAGGAGACCGUUACCUUACGCAACUGUUAUUUUCCAUCGGAGGAGCUUUUGUAUCAAGCGGUAUCUUGCGUAUAAUGGCAUCGUUCCGUGUCCCCUUCAUUUACACGAGUAUGACUGAUCAAGGCAUGCGCACAAUCAUUCACCACCUCAUGAUCGGGAGUACGUGGAGACGGAUCUUCCGGCAAGGCCUCUUCGCCAUGGGCUUGUCUGCUGCAAGUCAUCAAUUAGGCAUGCUUGCCAUCAUGGUACUCCCCAUCGCUCUCUUUCUGGUGGUGCAUUUAAUCACAUUGCGUUCCCAAACCACUGGGACCGCGAACCCCGAGGGUCUCGGACAGACGUACGUACUAGUAAACAACAUGAUGAGAAAAGCAUUAGCGAAGGAAAAGGCUGGACGUCCCGAAGAAAUAGAGAAGGUUGUCACGAAGUACUUUGAUGUGCUCAGAAAAGAAGCAGCUCAGAGGAAAAUCCUUGACGCUGGAGCCAAGAAGACGCUCGAUGCCGCAGAGCAUGAUAUCAAAUCCCAGAUAAAGAAGAAGAAAAACAUCGAUGCAGUCAUUGACAGCGUCCAGACCAAAUUUUUGAAGUCCAUCGGCGUCAACAUCCAGGCCGCGAAAAUGCAAUAG